UAGGAAGGCACUGGGCAAAGAUCAAGAGGUGGGAGAUGGAAGGCUAAACUGGGGGAACAUCGAGUAGUUCCAGCUUCUGGCCGCCUGGCUAGCUCGCUCGCUCUCCUCUGGUCAGAGGGACUGCACCAACCUGCCUUCCCAGCAAGGGGGCUCCAGAGGCAUUGUCCAGCAAGGGCACCAGGCCUGAGGAUCUGAAAGUGGACUGGGGCUGAGUCUCUGGGGCACCUUAACCCUGUGUCCCUCCCACAGGACAGCUCCUUGGGGAUGUCCAGGACCUCAAGAGGAGAUGUCCUCAUGGCUGGGGCUACCUGUGCCUGAUAUCACUCCUGAAUCGGUUGUGGAGCUGUGGAAGGCUGAAGCCCAGGAUGCUAAGCAGCUAUGGAAGGCUCAGACUCAAGAUGUGGGGGACAGCCUGGGAAAGGCUGGUAGCAGCUUCAUCCUCGGGGAGGAAGCCAGGACUUCCUAUCCCAGUGAGGGGGGCUCAGAGGGGGGGCAGGACGCAAGACCAACAUCUGUUCUAUUUCCCUGCUCCGAGGUUCAUGCAGAGUCCACAGAGCAGCGGCCACUGAAGAGGAAAAAGGGGCCGGCUCCCAAGAUGCUGGGGAACGAGGUCUGCAGCGUCUGUGGGGACAAGGCUUCAGGCUUCCACUACAAUGUCCUGAGCUGCGAGGGAUGCAAAGGAUUCUUCCGCCGUAGUGUGAUCAAGGGGGCCCGCUACACCUGCCACAGCGGUGGCCAGUGCCCCAUGGACACCUACAUGCGCAGGAAGUGCCAGGAGUGUCGCCUGCGGAAGUGCCGCCAGGCGGGCAUGCGGGAGCAGUGUGUCCUGUCCGAGGAGCAGAUCCGCCUCAAGAAGCUGAAGCGUCAGGAGGAGGAGCAAAGCCAGGCGUCAUCGCUGACCCCGCAGGCCCCCUCGCCGCCCCUGGCCCUGCCUCAGCUCAGCGCCGAGCAGCGGGGCAUGAUCGAGAAGCUGGUGGCCGCCCAGCAGCAGUGUAACCAGCGCUCUUUCUCUGACCGCCUCCGGGUCACGCCCUGGCCUCUGGCCCCAGACCCCCAGAGCCGCGAGGCCAGGCAGCAGCGUUUUGCCCACUUCACGGAGCUAGCCAUCGUCUCUGUGCAGGAGAUCGUGGACUUUGCCAAGCAGCUGCCCGGCUUCCUGCAGCUCAGCAGGGAGGACCAGAUCGCCCUGCUCAAGACGUCGACCAUUGAGGUAAUGCUCCUUGAGACAUCCCGCAGGUACAACCCUGGCAGUGAGAGCAUCACUUUCCUCAAGGAUUUCAGCUACAACCGCGAUGACUUUGCCAAGGCAGGGCUGCAGGUGGAGUUCAUCAACCCCAUCUUUGAAUUCUCCCGCUCCAUGAACGAGCUUCAGCUCAACGAUGCCGAGUUUGCUCUGCUCAUUGCCAUCAGCAUCUUUUCUGCGGACAGGCCCAACGUACAGGACCAGCUUCAGGUGGAGAGGCUGCAGCACACCUAUGUGGAGGCCCUGCAUGCCUACGUCUCUAUCCACCACCCAAAUGAUCCCUUGAUGUUUCCACGGAUGCUGAUGAAGCUGGUGAGUCUCCGCACCCUAAGCAGCGUCCACUCAGAGCAAGUGUUCGCCCUCCGCCUGCAGGAUAAAAAGCUCCCGCCCCUACUGUCGGAGAUCUGGGACAUGCAGGAAUGAUCCUCUUCUGCGUCCUAGCCUCGUGUGCGCUGGGGCAAAGGAUGGGCCUUGGCCUCAGCCUGGGCUCCUUCGGGGUGGUGGGCCAGUGUGUGGAUAUGGGGGAAGGGCUGCGGAAUGAGGAAGGGAAGACAUCUCUUUGGGCUGGGUUGGGGUGGAGAUCCUAAAUGGGGCAUUAAAAGAGAGUUGAAGGGUUGGGAGUUCUCUGGCUAUUAGGGGAAAUGGGGACAUGGUCCAGGCAGAGAGGAAUGACCAGCUUGGGAUGCCUGUUUUGCACCAGGCUCUCCAAGCCCACUUCCAUCGCUUCCUGCCUUCUUCAUAUCUGUUGGUCGCCUGACAUGUCUGUGCCUGGCUGAGAAGACACCCUGGGCAUGACGUGUACCAUCUCGCAGCCUGACCAAUGGGACAUCCUUUGGCCAGAAUGACCCACAGGAAUGUAAAAUGGAGACUAAAGGGUCUGGGUUUCUAAAGAAGGGAGGGAGACCUGUGGAAGUGGAAAUUCUUGGAGGUCAAACCAAGGACAGAAUCUCUGCUCCGGCGCCAUCCUCUCGCCUUUCAUCCCAGAUGAUAGUUCGUUUAUAAGAUAUGUGUGGGUGUGAUCUCAUUUGAGCUCUGCACCUAUCCUGGGCUCUCUGUAGGGGCUGCCAGACAUCGGGGGACCUUGGCCAUCCCCUUUUUGUCUGAAUUAUCUGGAUCGUAUCCAGAAUAAUCAGGAUCCCAUGUCCAGCUGUCUGGUCCUUCAGAAGAUCAGGGUUCUACUCAAUGAAGGGAGAUGGAUCUGUGCCCCUCUCUAUCAGGGUAAUAGAGUCCCAAGAAGGCUGAUAAGAUUUUUUUAAAAAGUCAAAAAUAUCAUAAGCUUUGACCUAGAAGAGCCCUUUAGAGGUCAUCCAGGCCAAGACCCUCAUUUUACAGAUGAGGAAGCUGAAGCUAGGAGGAGGGCGAUGACCGGCCCAAGGUCCCCUUAGCAGCAGAGCUGGGAUUCGAACCCAAGGACACAAGAAUCCUUCGAGUCCUUUCGCCCUAGCCAUAAGUUACCGCCACGCCCACUCCGCCAGGGGUCCCCCUUCGUCCCAGCCGAACUUCAUGUCCCGUCAUGCAUCGCGGGGCGCCCCCUGCCCCUCCCUACCUCGGUGUGCGCCUUGUUCAGGAGGUGACAGCUUGCGGCUGUCCUUCCCUGCAUCCCUCCCCCACCUCUUGCAGUAGGAGUAAUAUGUUCCACUCCAACCCCCCCCCACACACAAAAUACCCCUCCCUUUUCUGGAGCUGCAGCACCUGGGCAUUUCCCAAACCGUGACGGCGGUGGGGGGAGGCGGUGGGAACGGCAGUACGGAACACCGGCCAACGCAGCCACUCGUUUGUUCUCAGAAGCAUCUUCCAAGGUAUAUCAACGCUUCGUCUCCAAAAUGGACAAUGUCAGCAUCUAUAAUUAAAAGAGAUUUGCACAGUAAAAA